UUAUAAUCAAGCAAGCUACAGUAACACCGCAGCGGGCCGGAGCGGACCGGACCUAGUGUAAAAACAAAAGAACAUGGAGUGCUUGAAGGUGCUGUUCCUCCUGUCCUCCGUCCAGUUGAGCCGGCAGUACUUGCUGCCAGAUCACGUCGCUCCCUCACACUAUCAACUCAGACUCCUAUACGACAUCGACCCCAGCACCAACUUCAGCUUCUUCGGCGUCGCUGAUAUUCAGUUUUCGGCUAAAAAGAGCACUUCGAAGGUUAUUCUCCAUGCGCAAGAUUAUAUGAUAUCAGAUGACAAAGUGAAUGUCCUUGGACAGAAAGAGGUUCCCAAAGUGACGGGAGUGAAACUGAAUGACACGUACAACUUCUUAGAAAUAUCACUUGACAAGGAUUUAGAGGAAAAUAAAAACUAUACUCUCACGAUACCCUUCCAUGGUAAUUUGAAUAGAAAGUUGGACGGAGUUUACAUCAGCUCGUAUAGAGAUAAGAAGAAUGAAAAAACAGAAUAUCUUAUUGCGACACAGUUCCAACCGAUAUCAGCUCGCAAGGGUUUCCCGUGUUUCGACGAACCCAUGUACAAAGCCACCUACUCCAUCAUCAUCGGUCACAGCAAGGAGUACACGGCCGUCUCCAACAUGCCACUAGCGGCGUCCGCCUCUGAAAAUGCACUAGAAGAUUACUGGCCCUGGGACGUAGUCGGAAAGAGGUUUAGGAAGGAACGUUCUGCUUUUAUUUGGGAUGAAUUCGACAAAUCAGUUCCGAUGUCUUCAUAUCUGGUGGCUUUCGUGGUGUCCAAAUACUCUUACAAAUCUGCCCCAAAUACAUCGAACACCAAGUUUAGAAUUUGGGCCAGAAGCGACGAUAUAGAACAGACUUCCUACUCAUGUAAAGUAGGUCCAGCAGUGCUGUCUCAUUUUGAGGGAUGGUUUAAUGUGUCGUUCCCGCUUCCCAAACAAGAUAUGGUGGCUAUACCAGACUUCGAUGCCGAGGGUAUGGAAAACUGGGGCCUCGUCACUUACGAGGAUGCUGCACUUCUGUACCAUGAUAAAGAAUCUUCUCUCUCAGACAAGGAAAGAAUUGCCUCAUUGAUAGCUCAUGAGCUGGCUCAUCAAUGGUUUGGUAACCUGGUCACCAUGAAGAGCUGGUCGGAUCUGUGGCUGAACGAGGGGUUCGCGACUUUCGUAGCCUCACUGGGUGUGAAUGCCAUUGAACCAACCUGGCAUGCGGACAUCAAAAACGCUGUCGAGAACACACUGACAGUGUUCAACUUAGACGUCUUGGAGUCAUCUCAUCCAGUUUCGGUUCCCUUAGAAGAUCCGAGGGCCAUAACAGAGAUCUUCGAUGAAAUUUCUUACAGCAAAGGAGCUACUUUAAUUCGAAUGAUGGAAAUGUUUUUGGGAGAAGAGGACUUUAGACAGGCACUUCACAAUUAUCUUAUAAAAUAUUCAUACUCUAACGCUGCACAAGAUGAUCUCUGGUCGGAACUUAACGCAGUGGUCAUGAACAAGGGCGUGUUGAAUCGCAACAUGACUGUAAAACGAGUCAUGGAUACUUGGACCAAACAAACUGGAUUUCCUUUGUUAACUGUUAACAGGAACUACUCCGACAAAUCUGUCAAUAUUUCACAGAAACGUUAUGUAUGGCGUCAAGAAAUUCUUUCUCCUCAAGGUUGGUGGAUUCCUCUUAGUAUGAAAUGUGAACGUGGAACAGGAGACCAAAAACUACUCUGGUUAAGUGAUGAGGAAGGAGUUUUGGUUGAAACACGUCUCGAGCAUGGAUGCGGCCAAAAUGAAUGGUUGUUGUUUAAUUACAAUAUGAUGGCACCCUUUAGAGUUAAUUACGAUGACAACAAUUGGAAGCUUCUCAUACAGACUCUGACGAGUGACCAGUACACCCUCAUCCCGGUCGAAGGUCGAGUGCAGUUGCUGUCCGACGCUUUUGAGCUGGCGUGGAACAAUCAGCUCGACUAUGGAAUGACUUUACAGUUAGCAAGUUACCUCCAAAAAGAACAAGAAUAUUUACCUCUGUAUGCAGGUCUUUCAGGUCUGUCGAAGAUAUCCAAUGUACUAAAACGGAGCGCAGAAUAUGGUGUGUUCCAAGAAUAUGUUAGAAUAUUAAUCACCCGGAUAUAUCAGAGUGGAGGACUCGCUCACAAAAAUAUAGUUAAUGGUGCUGACUUAAAUGGUGUCAAAAUUCAGGGGCUCUCCAGCUCAUGGGCUUGCAGUAUGAACGUUCCUGGUUGUGAAGACAAUGCCUUAGAGAUGUUCCAGCAGUGGAUGAAAAUUCAGAAUCCAGAUGAAAAUAAUCCCAUCCCGGUAGACCUUCGCUCGAUAGUGACCUGCGUCGGUAUUCAUCGUGGUAGUGAGUAUCACUGGAGUUGGUCUCUCGAGCGGCGGAAGCAUUCUAACGUGGCAGCAAGUCGGGAACACCUCCUGAACUCACUGGCCUGCAGCAGGGAUGUUUGGAUACUGGCCCAGUACUUAGAAUGGACUUUAACAGAGAGUGACGAGCUUCAUCGUCAGGAGUCGAGUCGAGUCAUCAGCGAGGUGGUGAGCUCUGAGGUGGGCUACUACGUGGCGAGAGACUUCAUUUAUAACAGGAUCAAGGACAUAUAUACUGCUUUUUAUGAUCAAAGUGAAGGCAUCGCUGACAUUAUGAAGAGCCUUCUGGGGCAGUUUACUUCUCAGAAGGAACUCGAUGAGUUCUUAUCUUGGCAAAAGAAGAAUGAUGAGUUGCUCUCUGAUUCAAAAAUGGCAGUGGCACAAGGAAUAGAAACUGCUCGCAACAACAUUCGAUGGGUGGAGACUAUGAAACCUAUUUUUAUGGACAGACUGAAAGAAGUUAUUCGAUCCAGUUCCUCUACAUCGGUCUAGGAUAAGUGGUCAUGAAUAAAUAGCCAUAAAGAACGUGUU